CGGAGGAAGUGACGUCAGUUACACAAAGCGGAAACACACCGAGAACGGUUUGAAUGAGCGUGCAACGAUUUUGUAUCAACUUGAUACUGAAACUGUUUUGAUUGUUGAUGAAUCGGUUGGUGUUUUUUUGUACAUAAUGUCAGGAAUUCCUCCGGAUACAUGGCAGCCUCCCACUGUUACACUAGAAACAACGAUGGGGACAAUUGUGUUGGAGCUUUACUGGAAACAUGCACCCAAAACCUGCAAGAAUUUCGCAGAGCUGGCUCGAAGAGGCUACUAUAAUAAUACCAAGUUCCAUAGGAUAAUACAGAACUUUAUGGUGCAGGGCGGUGACCCCACAGGAACAGGUCGGGGUGGUGCAUCCAUAUAUGGCAAGCAGUUUGAAGAUGAACUGCACCAAGAGCUCAAAUUCACAGGUGCUGGUAUCUUAGCAAUGGCUAACGCGGGACCGGAUUCCAAUGGAAGUCAGUUUUUCCUCUCUCUCAAACCCACUCAGUGGUUGGAUGGAAAACAUACCAUCUUCGGAAGAGUGCAUCAGGGCAUGGGAGUGCUGAACCGGAUUGGGUUGGUGGAAACCAGCGGUCAAGAUCGGCCUGUCGACGAUGUGAGGAUCAUCUCUGCUUAUGCGGCCAACUAAACAAAAAAUGCCUUUUACAAAAUAAAUACGUCUUUAGUGUCAGUGUUUAUAAGUCUUUAUUGGACAUCACAUUACAUAGUUAAAGGAUGAACAUUUAUUGGGACAUCUACUCGAGAGGGCCGCGCGGACAUGUCUACCCUGGUACCUUGACUGCUGUUGGUACCAGGAUGAGUCCUUUGACCCACUUCCAGAUCUCAUGCUUGUGUAGACAUUGUAGGGUGCGCACACAAGCACACACUCACACACACACACACACACACACACAAACAUAGAGGUCACACACACUACUGAGCCACACUCUCAAGGAAACGCAUAGAAGUUUGACCAGGCCUGUGAGCUUAUCAUCAAUGUGCAGACAUUGUAGGGAGCGCAUGCAAACAUGUGGAGGCCAUACUGUGCACUUUUCCGCGCACAGUGAUGGGCAAGCUACUUGGAACAUGUAGUAAGCUGAGCUACAAGUUACUCUUGAUUAAAUGUAGCUAAGCCACAGGGGAAGCUAUCCGCGGAGAAUUGUAGCAAGCUACACAGCAAAAGUAGCUUGCUACAUUAAAACUACAUUUUCCGCCAUUUAUAUCUAUGGGCCCACAUGUACAAUAUCAAUGUUCAUGUCACUGAGAGUGUACAAAUGGAACCAACAAGGGUCCAUUACAAUUAACUAUCUGUCAUUUAGCUGGGGACACCCUACAACUACCUCUAGUGGUCCCCGCACCCCACUGUAUGUAUUUAUUUAGUUUGCCUUUUCUUUGGCCCACCCCUAUAAUGUUAUUAAUUUUCUCUACCUGCAGUAAAACAACAGCAUCUAUCUAUCUUGUCAAAAAAACAAUGACUUGCGUGUUGUUGGGAACAGUUGGUAAUUGAUUGAGAAGUUUAUUGACAUCUUAAAGAAUUUAAUCCAUGUAAUGCUUUAAAAAGGCAAAUGGAUGGCACAAAAAGCCAAAAGGCUUGUUUCCAAUUGUGGUCCAUUAAUCAUUAAGUGAUAGUUAUGUGCAGUAAAACUUUUCAUGAACUCAACUCACCUUAAUGCAGUGGU